AUGUCCAUCUAUCCUCCAGAUCAGUUUGCAGGGUAUUACCACGGUAUCCCAUCUCGUCCGAAAUUAAUCGCACGGAGUGAUCCCUCAGAAUGGACGCAACCUCGAUCGAAGAUUGACAGCGGAUAUCCUCGAAAGAAGAUAAUAAGACCUGUGGAUUCAUCUCAUCCAAUCUGUUCAAUCUGGAAAUCCGCCCUCGGACCCCAACUGCUCAAAAAGUGGAUCGGUAUACCUCCGGAAUCAAUAUCGAUCGCUAGAGGUGAAGAAUUAGUAACAAGAUGUGAAACCUUGUUGAGAACGUCUGGAUUAGUGGAUGUACAAGUCGAAAUACGAGAAUCACAAGUGAUAUCACUCUCUGGCGCUGGUCCUGGACGAGAACCAAAACCAAACCCAAAGCUGAUAUUGAAAGAACCUCCUAUCUAUACGUGCGACGAUGUGACCUAUUCGAUCAUUUCGAAACUUUCAACAGCGAUAGGUCUAGGUAUAACUACACCUAUAUCUCGCAAAUCCGAUUCCUACGGGACGACUUCUUUCCACUUGGAAAAUACCAAAGAAGAAGGAAAUUUCUACGCACUCACAGCUCGUCAUGUUGUGUCCUACUUUGAGUUUGACGAUACAGAUGUCCCCGUUCCUAUUCCUGUUGUAUUGUGCAAUCAUCUUUUUGAAGAAUGUAUGGAACAGAUAGAAUACCUUAUUAGGAAGAACCAGGAGGAGGUUGAUAAAGCCAGGGUCGAUAUGGAUUCUAUUGACGUAGGAAAGAAUGAGAGUCUAAUCAGAAGAGCCAAGUAUGUAUUGGAUUAUAAUCCAUUAGACAUACAAGAUCUGGAAGAACUUCGGAGAGAAUUGGUGGAUCAAUGGUCGCAAGAAUCGCAAAGAAGGAUAGGUAUCGUUCGUUAUCAUCCACCGAUCAAUUACGACCAUAAGGCAGAGGUUGAUGUGGACUUAGAUGUAGAUCACGGUAGAGGGCUCAAUGAUUGGGGAGAUGAUUGGGCUUUAAUCAAAUUGGAUAGAGAUAAACUUCCUUGUUCAACGACUCUUACCAAUAUAAUCGAUUUAAACGAUCGGUCAGAAUUUAAGAUGGCAAGUUGGUCAACCGAACAACCUCUUCUCAAGAUCGAUAGAGCUGGUAUGUUACGGUUGAAAAAUAUCCUCACAGAAGACGAUAUGGAGAAAUCAUCGUUAGCCGUCAUAAUGCGAGGAGCGAAAAACGGAAUUAGACUAGGUCAAUCAAUGUCUGUAUUUUCAAUGGUGAGGUAUCCGUAUCCCUCAAAAAAAUGGAUAAAACAAUGGCCAAUAACGACGAUGAAUGAAUGGGAAUUUCAAUUCCGUAAAUCACCCACAUUCGCCGAUCAAGGUGAUUCAGGCGCAGGGGUCGUAAGUAGAGAUGGAAAAUUCGGGGGGAUCGUGGUAGGUGGUACAGGAAGAGCAACGAGGGAUGGAUCGCGUGCAAUUAUAGAUAUCACUUGUGUGAUGCCAAUGUUCCAUAUAAUGGAUAGGAUAACAGAAUUGGGUUUAGGUGAUUUGCAGCUGUUAUAG